AAUAUCCGAAAUCUAAACGCAAAACCCUUCGUGCUUAUUGUCCCUAAAAUGGCGGUAUCAUCGUCUUCUAUCUCCUCUCACACAUCCGGUUCCUCAACAUCGUCCGAUUCUUCAUCCUCUCAUCAUCACCGUCGCCGUCACCAUAGUAGCCGUCGUGAGAGAAAUAGAGAUGCUCUGAAGAUCCGGAAGAAGAGCAAUAAAUCUUCCCAUUCAAAAAAACGCCGUCGGCACCACCACCACUCGUCAGAUUCUGAUCAAUCUUCCUCCCACUCUUACUCUUCCAGGUUCUUAGAGUUAAGUGAUGAUUCAUCUGAUAGCGAGCAUGAAACAUCCAACCAUCGAAAGAGGCACAAGAAAAAUGACAGAUUAAAGAAGAGCAAAGAAAAGGACCAAAGUAAGAGUCAUCGCCAUAAACGUCAGAAGCACAAAGCGAAAGAGAAGCAGCGGGAGGAGAGAAAUAGUAGCCCUGUACAGCUUUCCAAGUUCUUAGGACGGGCCAAGGACGAUGGUGUGCGUCGCAGCGCAGUUUCUGGCAAAAAGAUCUUACUGAAACUUGAGAAAUCCAAGGAGGAUAAGGAGGCAGAAAAUAAAAGGAAUGAAUUGCUGAAAUUCUUGAACGCUAGUUUUGAUUGAUUUAAGUGACCUCUAUGACAAGUCCUUAAGACCUACUGAUGGAAGAACGCAGCAACUAGUGCAUCUCUGCUGAAGGAUCCAAAUGUUUGUUGCCUUCUCAGUCGAAAGGAGCAAAGAUAUGUUACCCAAGAUGGCGAUAUUUGGCAGACUCGUAUUAUCAGGAUAUUUUCUAUGGGGUCACAUUUAUCACGAAAAUGUAAACAUUGUCGAAUUGUCUUGAGCUACAGUGGCUCUUGAGAAUCACCAAGACAUUGCCGAGAGUCCUGAAUAGUAUGAAUUUGGUAACAUUAUUACUUUUUUGGAUGAAAUGCAUGAUGAUAAGUGUUUUAA